CCGAAGCUCCCGAAUGAAAAAGUUGGUUCCAUUCCAACUUCGAAGUCACGUGUCUUUUUCUAGCCUUCAUCCACCACACGCCAUUCGUCAAGUCACGUUAUUGGUUUCAAGCGGCUGACCGUUGAAACGUGACAAUUUCAUACUUGAUCGUUUUUCUUACAUUCAAUCCUCUUGCAUCACUGGUCAGAAGGACCCGAAGUGAGAAUAUGAAUCGAUUCGCUCAUUUCAUCGUCUGUUGAGAAAGUGAGAAGUGAGUGAGAAGUGAGACAGCACAGAAUGGCUUCCAGGCUGGACCGCUUGGUCACACUGCUGGAAUCUGGAAGUACCCAGCUCAUCCGUAAUACCGCUGCCCAACAGCUUGCCGAUGUCCAGAAACAACAUCCGGACGAGCUCUUCAACCUCCUCACCCGCAUCAUCCCCUACCUCCGCUCCAAGUCAUGGGACACUCGUAUUGCCGCCGCCAAAGCAAUUGGCGGGAUCGUUGAUAACGCCGACAAGUUCGACCCGAACGAGGAUGAUCCUCCUGCCAAGAAGGAAGAGAACGGCGCGUCGAACGGUCACGUCAAGAAAGAAGAGUCCCCUGAACGGAAUGGCGCUCUUACGCCAAACGAGGACCAACUGGACCUCGAUUCCCUGGAUGUCAUUGCCAUCCUCCGGAAAGGCAAGCCGCUCUUGAGCAGUGCUGGUAAGGAGUAUGACUAUAAAAUGGCAGCCAUGGAUCCGGCCGAUCGACUUGCCCACCAGAAAAGAAGCCUCACUGCACGCCUCGGGCUUGGUGGCCAGUACAUGGAAGAAGAGUUGGUCAGCGAGAUUGACUUCAAACUUCCCACACCUAGACUCGAUACCAACCUUUCCUCCAUCUCCAACGUGAGCGUGAAUUCCGCCACCGCUACCACGCCUGGGGAUCCUCAAACCCCAUCCGAUGAAACAGGCCUCAGCAAACGCCAACUCAACAUGCUCAAACGCAAGAACAAGCGCGACUUCAAAGCCCAGGGCAAUAAAGUCCGCAUCAUCGACCUGAACGCCUCGGGUCCUCGUCGUGGCAGCGUCGCCGACCCAACCCCCACGUCUACCCAUCCCUUCCCAAUCAAGACGGACUCCGACGCAUCCGACGAGAAAACCGGUCACUCCGACUACUUCUCCCUUGACCGCGGCCAACAGCGCGAUGACGAUUCCAAACUCGUCAAGGAAUUCAAAGGCGUCCCCACCGAAGAACACUCCGCACUGCAACCCAUCGCCGACGAAACCACCGGCCUCGAAUCCGAAUGGCCAUACGACCGUCUCUGCGAGCUUCUCACCGUCGAUCUCUUCGACCCCAACUGGGAAGUCCGCCACGGCGCCGCCAUGGGCCUCCGCGAAGUCGUCCGCGUGCAAGGGGGCGGCGCCGGCCGAAAACGAUGUCACUCGCGGAAACAGAACGAUCUCCUUAACAAGCGCUGGUUAGACGACCUGGCGUGUCGGCUCUGUGCCGUCUUCAUGCUCGACCGCUUUGGGGAUUACGUAUCAGACAAUGUCGUGGUGCCGGUCCGCGAGACGGCCGGCCAAUGCCUUGGCGCCCUGCUGCAGUACCUCCCCGCCGACGAGGUCAAGAAGGUGUACCGCGUGCUCCGCCGCCUCGUGGUCGCGGAGGAUGAACACGACGCCCGCGACGGGAAGGAGUCGGAGUGGUCCGAGCGCGCGUGGCAGCCGUGUCACGGGGGGAUGCUUGGCAUGCGAUACCUGGUGGCGGUGCGUGCCGACCUCCUCUUCCAGGAACCCGAGCUUCUCGACGGGGUGCUGUCGACCGUCAUGAAAGGCCUAGGUGAUGGCGACGACGACGUGCGCGCCGUCUCUGCCGCGACGCUCAUUCCGGUCGCGAAGGAAAUCGUGCAGCUGCGCGCCACCGCGCUGGAUGAGCUGAUUCAGAUCGUGUGGGACUGCCUGUCGAAUCUGAGCGAUGACCUCAGCGCCAGUACCGGAUCGGUGAUGGAUCUGCUCGCAAAGCUUUGUAGCUUCCCGGAGGUGCUGGCGGCAAUGCGGCAGAACGCGGCGCGGGACCCCACCCAGGCGUUCGCGCAGCUGGUGCCCCGGCUGUAUCCGUUCCUACGGCAUACAAUCACGAGCGUACGAUCGGCCGUGUUGAGAGCGUUGAUGACGUUCCUAGAAGUCGACGAGGGCGGCGACGGCGAGGUGGGGAAAGGAUGGAUUAAUGGAAAGGCACUCCGACUCGUGUUCCAGAACCUGCUGGUUGAGAAGAACGAGCCGGUGUUGCGGCUGAGCUUGCAGGUGUGGCGGAAGCUGUUGGAUACAAUUGUGGGAGAUGAGGAGGGGAGAGCGUAUUUCGCGGAGGAGUUCCGGUCGCACGUGGAGCCGUUGGUCACGUUGACGACCACCCCCGUCGGCGUGUCGAGACAUCCCAUCCCGAUGAAUCCGUCGUUGUUCCUUCGGCCAUCGGGCCAGACGUAUUCGUUGCCGGCCAAUCUGGAUGCUGGGCACAAGUACCCUCCUGGAAUGCCCAUGGAGCCGCCAAAGAAGCGAAGGCGAUCCGACAAGAAAAGCAUGGAAAGGGACACGUCGGUUUCCAGCUCGCACAAUGUGGAUGGACAUAUGAUGUCUGGCGAUGUCGACCUUGUGGGCGUCGAUGUUCUCGUUCGCUCGAAGAUCUAUUCAUCAACCGCCAUGGGCCUCGCUAUGGCUCUGUGGCCGUCGUCAUCGCGGGCGGAUGUCUUUGUCCCCAACAUUCUUCCGCGUCUGAAUUCUCUGCACUCCUCGACCCAACUCACCGCAAGCAUUCUCAUCGAAGAAUACUCCCGCGCUCUCACCACCGCUUCCACGUCAUUUACCGAAGAGGAUCCACUCCUCCCGACCCUCCACACCCCUCUCCUCCACCUCGUCGAUUCCGAACUCUCACCCCACUACGCCGACCUAACCUCCUACCUCCACAUCGUCCGCGCCCAAUGCCAGAACCUCACUAACACCUUCCGCGACAACGCGCACGUCCCCCCCGCCAAGCUCGCCAUCAUUCCCCCCGUCGUCAAGGGCGACGAGAACGCCCACGCCCAAUUCGCCUUCGGCAUCCAUGACGCCGAGAAGAUCGUCGGCCCGGACUUCGACCGCUUGAAAAAAGCUCUGACCCCCGCGCAGCGCGUCGGCGCGGCCAAGCUGCUCGACGACGCCCGUCAGGACGCGUUGAAGGCAAUCGACGAAGCCAAAGCGGUCAAGGAGCAACGCGACGUACGCAUCCGAUCAGCGGCCGCCGCUGCCCUCGUGGCGGCGAGCUUGUUGCCGAAGCGGCCGUCGUUGACGAUUAAAGCGCUGAUGGACAGUGUCAAACGGGAGGAGAACGGCGAGCUGCAGCGACGGAGCGCGGGCGCGGUGGCGCGGCUGGUGCAGCAGGUCGGUGCGACGGGCAAGCGGGCGAUCGUGGAGAAGGUGGUGGGCAACCUCGUCAAGUUCGCGUGCAUGGAGACCGCGGAGACGCCCGAGUUCCUCCCGAACAAGGGUGUCGGCGCAGGAAUUCUGAGCCUGCGGAAGGAAGAAGACAUCCGCGACCAUCCGGACGCCGCGCGGUUCGAGCGCGAGGCGAAGGCAGCAAAGAUCACCCGUCGUGGCGCGAAGGAGGCCCUGGAGCAAUUGGUCGUCAUGUUCGGCGCGGAUCUGUUCGACAAGCUCCCCGUGCUGCGGUCGCUGAUCGAAGACCCGGUGCGUCGCGCGUUUGGCGAGGUGGAGCUGCCAGGGGAGAUAUUCAGCGAUGACAGCACGUUCGGGCAGGAGGUCGUCGACGGCCUCUCGACGCUGCGUGCGCUCGUCCCGAAAUUCGACGCCGCGAACCUCGCGUUCGUGAAGGCGCUGUUCCCGCUCCUGUCGCGCGCGCUGCAAUGCAACCUCGCGGUGCUGCGGUACGCGGCGGCGAAGUGCUUCGCGACGAUCUGCAGCGUGAUGACGGUGGACGGGAUCACGACGCUGGUGGAGGAGGUGUUGCCGUGCUUGAACAACGCGUUGGACGUGCAUUGUCGGCAGGGGGCGAUUGAGUGUGUGUACCAUCUGAUCCACGUCAUGGAGGACGGGAUCCUGCCGUACGUGAUCUUCCUGAUCGUGCCGGUGCUGGGCCGCAUGAGCGAUUCGGACAACGACGUGCGGCUGAUCGCGACGACGACGUUCGCGCACCUCGUCAAACUCGUGCCGCUGGAGGCCGGCAUUCCCGAUCCGCCCGGACUGAGUGAGGAGUUGCUGAAGGGCCGGGAGCGCGAGCGGAAGUUCAUGGCGCAGAUGCUGGAUGCAAAGAAGGUGGAGCCUUUCGAGAUCCCCGUCGCCAUCAAGGCGGAGCUGCGCAGCUAUCAGCAGGAGGGCGUCAAUUGGCUGGCGUUUUUGAACCGAUAUCAUCUGCACGGCAUCCUGUGCGACGACAUGGGCCUAGGGAAGACGCUGCAGACGCUGUGCAUCGUCGCGAGCGAUCAUCAUCUGCGCGCGCAGGAGUUCGAGAAGACAGGGAGCUCGGACGUGCGCCGGUUGCCGAGCUUGAUCGUCUGUCCGCCGACGUUGUCAGGGCAUUGGCAGCAGGAGAUCCGGACUUACGCGCCGUUCUUGACGAGCGUGGCGUAUGUGGGGCCGCCGGCGGAGCGGGCAAAGGUGCGCGCCCAGCUGAAGGGCGUGGACAUCGUGAUCACAUCCUACGACAUCUGCCGGAACGACAGCGAGAUCCUGGCGCCGAUGAACUGGAACUAUUGCGUGCUGGACGAAGGGCAUUUGAUCAAGAACCCGCGCGCGAAGACGACGUUGGCGGUGAAGAGCCUGCUAAGCAACCAUAGGCUCAUCCUCUCCGGCACGCCGAUCCAGAACAACGUGCUGGAACUGUGGUCGCUCUUCGACUUCCUCAUGCCAGGGUUCCUCGGCACCGAGAAGGUGUUCCAGGAUCGCUUCGCCAAGCCCAUCGCGGCGUCCCGGUUCGCCAAAUCCUCCUCGAAAGAACAAGAAGCCGGCGCGCUCGCCAUCGAGGCGCUCCACAAGCAAGUCCUCCCGUUCCUCCUCCGGCGCCUCAAAGAAGAAGUCCUCAACGACCUUCCCCCCAAGAUCCUCCAAAACUACUACUGCGACCUCUCCGACCUGCAGCGGAAGCUCUUCGAGGACUUCUCCAAGAAGGAGAGCCGUGCCCUCACCGAGAGCGCCGGCCGCGCCGACAAGGACGCCAAGCAACACAUCUUCCAGGCCCUCCAGUACAUGCGCAAGCUCUGCAACUCCCCGGCCUUCGUCAUGACCGAGAAGCACAAGGCCUACGCCGCCACCCAAGGCUACCUCGCCAAGCACGGCACCUCCCUCCGCGACCCCGUGCACGCCCCCAAGCUCACUGCACUGCGUGACCUCCUCGUCGACUGCGGCAUCGGCGCGUCCGACGCCGCCCCCAAUGGCGCCAACCACGCCGCUAACGGCGCGAACGGCGACCUGCUCAUCAGCGGCGGCGACGCCGUCUCGCAGCACCGCGCCUUGAUCUUCUGCCAGAUGAAAGAAAUGCUCGACAUGGUGCAGAACGAGGUGCUCGCAAAGCUUCUCCCCUCCGUCACCUACAUGCGGCUGGACGGUAGCGUGGAGUCGUCGCGCCGCCAGGACAUCGUGAACAAGUUCAACGGCGACCCCAGCUACGACGUGCUGCUGCUGACGACGGCGGUGGGCGGGCUGGGGCUGAACCUGACGGGUGCCGAUACGGUCAUCUUCGUGGAGCACGAUUGGAACCCGCAGAAGGAUCUGCAGGCAAUGGAUCGGGCGCAUCGGAUUGGGCAGAAGAAGGUGGUGAAUGUGUAUCGGAUCGUGACGCGGGGAACGUUGGAGGAGAAGAUUUUGAACCUCCAACGCUUCAAAAUCGACGUCGCCUCCACCGUUGUCAACCAACAAAACGCCGGCCUCGCCACCAUGGAAACCGACCAGAUCCUCGACCUCUUCAACGUCUCCUCUAGCUCCGGCGAUGCGGCGCCGGCGCUCCCGGGGCCCGAAAACGGCGACAACGGACCCCCCGGAAUCACGGAGGAAGACGCAGUUGACGCGACGGGCGAGGUGCGGAAGGAUGGGAAGCGCGGGUACCUGGACGAGUUGGGAGAUCUGUGGGACGAGCGACAGUAUGAGGAGGAGUACGAUAUCAAUUCGUUCUUGGCGAGUAUGAAGGGCUGAGAUGGUGGGUGGGUCACGGCUCAUGACACGUCAUGAUGGGUUUUGUACGAU